AUGGCGCCUUCUCGCUCCCCGGAGCCCGUAUCGGACGGCUCUCACGAGCCCUCCGACUCCUCAGACGUUGAGCAAACGGAGUUGCAAAAUCGUGCGCCCAAAAGGAGACGUCUAUCGGAGUCUUCAGUGGACUCCUAUGUUGCGCCGGCGCCGCUCCCCACCCUCUCUCGUAUCAGGAAGAAGGGAGAAAAAGAUGACAAGCCUGCCACAACCACGGAGAAUGACAACCCUGUCUUGAUUCGUGAUGCCCUUGAGAUUGGACUGCGGGAUGAGGAGUCUUCGUUUAAAGCACUCAAUGUUUCGCCGUGGUUGGUGGGCUCCCUGACGACUAUGGCGGUUAGAAAGCCCACGGCCAUUCAAAAAGCCUGUAUACCGGAGAUUCUGAAAGGAAGAGAUUGCAUUGGAGGUAGCCGAACAGGUUCCGGAAAGACAAUUGCCUUUUCGGUUCCUAUCUUGCAGAAGUGGGCGGAGGAUCCGUUUGGCAUCUUCGCAAUUAUACUGACUCCUACAAGAGAACUUGCGUUGCAGAUCUACGAACAAGUCAAGGCGAUCUCGGCACCUCAGAGCAUGAAGCCACUCUUGAUCACCGGAGGAACAGAUAUGCGAUCCCAAGCACUUGCUCUCUCGCAGCGGCCCCAUGUUGUGAUUGCGACACCCGGUCGACUCGCAGACCACGUCAAUACAUCCGGUGAGGAUACGGUGCGUGGACUGAAGCGCGUCCGCAUGGUCGUUCUUGAUGAAGCCGAUCGACUUCUGGCUCCUGGUCCUGGAAGCAUGCUUCCUGACGUAGAAACCUGUCUAUCCGCUCUCCCACCGUCCAGCGAACGUCAAACGCUCUUGUUCACCGCAACAUUGACCCCCGAAGUGCGCGCUCUGAAGUCCAUGCCUCGAGCUGAGAACAAACCGCCGGUCUUUGUUACUGAGAUCUCGACCGAGAAUAAAGGCACAACCCCUCCAACGCUCAAACAAACCUACCUCAAGGUCCCCAUGACGCACCGCGAGGCCUUCUUACACGUGCUCUUGUCUACGGAAGGGAACUCCACUAAGCCGGCUAUUAUCUUCUGCAAUCACACUAAGACCGCCGAUCUCCUGGAGCGGAUGCUUCGCCGCCUUUCCCAUCGAGUCACCUCACUACAUAGUCUUCUACCUCAGUCCGAACGUAACUCUAACCUAGCGCGUUUCCGUGCUUCCGCUGCCCGAGUUCUGGUAGCGACCGACGUCGCGUCUCGUGGUCUGGAUAUCCCAUCGGUCAGUCUGGUGAUCAACUUCGAUGUACCACGCAAUCCGGACGACUAUGUCCACCGUGUCGGUCGUACCGCUCGUGCGGGACGGCACGGCGAAGCGGUUACCCUAGUUGGACAACGAGACGUACAAUUAGUGCUAGCGAUUGAGGAGCGAGUGGAACGACAGAUGGAAGAAUGGAGCGAGGAGGGUGUCAGCAUCGAGGGACGGGUGGUGCGCGGCGGCGUGCUCAAGGAAGUUGGAGAGGCUAAACGAGAAGCUACUGGAGAGAUUGAGGAGGGUCGCGACGUGUUAGGGCGGAAGCGGAAUAAGCUGAAGAAGGUACGGUAG